UCAUUUUUUUUCCUUAUAAUUUUUGUUUACUCCCUUUUUUCAUCCUUCUUUUCCUUUACCUUUCCCUUGAAGAGUCGAGAUUUUCUUCGAUUUGUUGAUCUGCCCUUUUCCUUUUUUUCAACCAGUUUGCUGAUCGCAAAUCUUGAAAUUAUCUGGGAUGAUCGAAGAGUUGCUUUUGGCUAAAUAUCUCCCGAGGAAAAUUCAAGAAUUGAUUUUUCAUGAGUUGGGCUGCUUCGAAAAGCUGAGAAAACGCCGUAUAAUUUGAUUCUUUUUUGUUUUUGUUUUUGCAUGAAUUUUUUUUUGAAAUUGUGAAGAGGGCUUUCAUUUGGAGGGUAUAAAGUGUCCUGGGCUGAUAUGGGUGGGUGUUUUCCUUGCUUUGGAUCAUCAAAGAAGGCAGUGAAUGGUAGUAACAGUAGUAAUGGAGUGAAAGAAGUAGCAAAAAAGGCGUCUUUUAAAGAGAAUUCUUCUGUUCACUCCAGUAGCCAUGUGAAGAGAGUGAAUUCAGAUAAAUCAAAAGGCCAGAAAAGUACUGAUACCAAGAAAGAAUUACUGCUACCAAAAGAGCCAACAGCUAAUAUUGCUGCACAAACAUUUACCUUUCGUGAGCUUGCUGCAGCUACAAAUAACUUUAGGCCCGAGUGCUUGCUUGGUGAAGGUGGGUUUGGGAGAGUUUACAAAGGCCGUCUUGAAAGCACGGGGCAGCUGUUUCAAUGCUGUAUUCUCACUUUAGAGUUGGAGAAAAUAGUUGCAUGGUUGUUAGUUACUAUGGUUGUGGCAGUUAAGCAACUUGAUCGAAAUGGACUUCAAGGGAAUAGGGAAUUUCUGGUAGAGGUUCUCAUGCUUAGCCUGUUACACCAUCCGAAUCUUGUCAACUUGAUUGGAUAUUGUGCUGAUGGAGACCAACGACUUCUAGUUUAUGAGUACAUGCCAUUGGGAUCUCUAGAAGAUCAUUUGCAUGAUCUGCCACCCGAUAAAGAGCCUCUCGACUGGAACACUCGUAUGAAAAUUGCGGCUGGGGCUGCUAAGGGCUUAGAGUACCUCCACGAUAAAGCCAACCCACCCGUCAUAUACAGAGACCUGAAAUCUUCCAACAUUCUUCUUGAUGAGGGCUAUUUCCCCAAGCUUUCGGAUUUCGGGCUUGCAAAGCUUGGGCCCGUGGGCGACAAGACCCACGUUUCGACCCGGGUUAUGGGGACUUACGGCUACUGUGCUCCCGAGUAUGCCAUGACUGGCCAGCUCACCAUGAAAUCGGACGUCUAUAGCUUUGGGGUCGUUUUUCUUGAGCUGAUCACUGGCCGGAGAGCAAUCGACAACAUGCGGAGUGCGGGAGAGCAUAAUCUCGUUGCAUGGGCGAGGCCCCUCUUCAAGGACCGUAGGAAAUUCCCGAAAAUGGCGGACCCUCUACUGCAGGGCCGUUACCCGAUGCGCGGGCUCUACCAAGCCCUUGCUGUGGCCGCCAUGUGUCUCCAGGAGCAGGCCGCCACACGGCCACUCAUCGGUGACGUGGUCACGGCCCUAUCCUACCUGGCGUCCCAAACCUACAGGCACCAGCGCAGGGACACGUCAGACGGCGGGCCCCAUCUCGGGUCCCCUUCUUCAUCUGUCCAGAAAAACUCUCCUGAAGACUCCUCCAGGAGGAUGAUAGAAGAGACUGUGGGCCGGGCUCACUCACAGGUGGGCAGCCCGGGGAGCGCGGGCCGGGCCCAUGAGAUGCCUAAGAAUCCUGAGAGAGAACGCGCGGUGGCACUGGCUAAGGUGUGGGGUGAGAAUUUCAGGGAGAAGAGGAAGAGUGAUGCCGGGAGCUUCGACAGCACCAACGAGUGAAGAGUAAAGAGAGAAAAAAACGAGGUGCGUGAAAGUCGGGGUUUUUUGGAGGUUAGUCUGCUUAUAAGCAUAUUAUAUGUGCAGCAUUUUUAAAAACGAACAGCCAUGUAUGGUUAAUCUUGUUUUUUUGACGGGAGAAUUAUAUGCUGUUUUUGGGGUUCAAAUGUUGGAAGUGCUUUGGGUUUGGUUUGGUUUGGGCAUCAUGGCUUCUCAAGAGUGUCUUUGGUUUUAUCUCUUACGUCACUAUGUUGGCCUAAAUUUUGAAUGAAUCUUUGAAGUCCCAAAACAAUGGA